ACGUCGUGCGUCACAACAAUCAUUUGAUCUGCACUGGAAGUAACAUGGUUCCCAUGCCCGAGCUCCCUAAAGUUCUAGCGAUGCUGUUGGUGAUGUUUAUUUCGCUCAUUCCCUCCGCGGAGGCAUUUGACGGAGGGGACGCCGUUGCACUUCUGCUCGGGGUUAUCAUAUCGGUGGUGGGCGUUUGCGCGUGCAUCGGCUGGUACACACGACAGAGAAAUGGACAGUUCUGAGAAACCAAAACGGCUCGAGGGACUGGCUGCUGGCCUGUAUCCGGAAAUGUUUCUCCGCAGUCUGCAGUAUCUUGACUAUCCUGGGUCAUUUUUGACUGACAGAACAAGAGUCGUGUGCCUUAUUUUGCUGAAAUGUACGAAGUUGCCUGAAUGAAGAAGACAAACAACGAACUACAAAAUCAGGAAUUUGAGAACAGGAACUGGGAGCAUGCGCACUGUUGGAUUUGCAGGACCAAAUAACAUACCUGUAGGUUACUGCCUAUCACAAUAAGACCAAGGCCCUGAGACAUGACACAUUUUGGACUAUACAUAGUAGGCUAUGUUACCAUAAUAUGACAACAUUUGAUUUUGCUUGGACUUGAAUAUCUUCAGAUACUGUACCUCUAAAUAAUGUUUGUCCAUCCAAAGAGAUUGUGAUGAUCAUCUGUCCUUUCAUGAGAUAUUGACAUUGCCAUGCCAGGUGAAUUGCCAUCUGUCAACUGUUACAAGCACAGUAGCUAAAGUGUGUUCUGUCAGAAGUGCUUUCACCGUUCUUAUAGCUAACACUGUUAAAACAUCUGCUUGAUAGAGAAUAAAUACCUUUGUUAAUUGUG